GAGAUGUACGUUUCCAAAACAAUUACAUCAAGGAUCAAUUUGACUCUUUAGAAGAUUUCUGAUUACUCAGUGGCACAAGUCAUAGUUAUAACACACAGUUUUAACACCGCUUUCAUUCAAGAGGCUUAUCUUGGACGUUCUCAUUGUUCCAUUUGAUAUCAGCGAUCAGUUGCACAACAGGAAUAAAAAUUAUCGACUCCUUUUGGUAAAGAUUAGAAGGUCAGCAAAAUUUAGAAGAUCUUUUAUCACUCACUUGUAAGGUCGGAAACAGUUUAGUUAGCCGCGUCUGUUUCAGAAGCGUUUUGUGGGAAUUAAAGUCAUUGAAUGUGAUAUGAGCGCAAUAAACAUGCUUCGUUUUAAACUGCUGGUAAUUAAUGUCCUGAUCUCAUGGAUCUCAUUUGUUUCUCCUGAAAAAAAGAUUGUGGACAUUCAAACAGGUUAUGAUCCUGGCUCGUGUAGCAAGAAGGAACGUGGUUUGUUAAAACUAAUCAAAGAUCGUUCAAACAAUGAUAAACUGUUAAUUUGCAAGGAACAAAAUGGAAUUUAUGCUUGGAAAACAACGGACGGUUCCAGUCCCUCUGGCGAAUAUUUCAAUCCUGGAUACGACUGUACGGAUAUUUUGAAUAAGAAUUUUGAGUCUCGAGAUGGUUUUUAUUGGAUAAAUUUGAAUCGAGCUGCUCCCAAGAGGGUCUAUUGUGACAUGACAACAGAUGGAGGGGGAUUUGCGCUGAUUGGUAAACUCAACAGUUCCGUGACAUGGAAAGUUCCAUCCAAAAACACAACAGUUGAUCCAUUUGGUGAAUCUCAGUGGUCCAGUGAUCUCGGUGACGCUCCAGUUCUUGAUUUCAGAAUACAAAUAUCAACAACGGAAAACUUGGCUAAGACAAAUGCUCACUGGUCCUACAGACUGCGAAAUAUUCGUCCUCUCAAAAAUAUCAUGAUUGUUAAUCAGGGGGGUUGUGGACCAACAUCACCAGGCAUUGGUGACAUCGCUUAUGUCAAAGAUCUCCGGACUGAGAAAAUUGUUGCAACAAAAUUUCGCUGCUCACAAUUUGGAACAUUUCGACAUUUUUUUCUAAAAUCUGGAUGGGCAAUGAUUAAUGAAUGCUUCGAAAAACAAUGUCCACAAGGUUUUGCUUUCCACCCUGUAUAUCCUAUUCAAACUGACUCGUCAGGAUCUUUCAGCUACAGUGUGGUGAGCGAAACAUCUGGAAUCAGUCACAAUUCAUCUGCAUUUAUCGGUUGUGAUAAAGGAAUGUGCUGCAGUUGUUUUAGUCCACCAGACAGCACAGAAGAUCUCUGUGGCACAGAUUGUAAGGCGAAACCUGGAGCAACUUUGAUAAAGAAUGUUUAUUCAUGGUUCUGGGUGAGGACAUCUUCUCCAAAGAAAGUUUGGAACAAAUGCAUGGAUUAUAAAGUUUCUGAAACUAACGGAGACGAGGUCUGGUACAAGUUGGUUGGUCAAAACGUUGUCCCUAAGAGAGGUCGUUGUUCCACAAACGAGCCGCUGUUAAAUGAUGGAAUUAUAGUUGUUCCUGAUAAUGGAAGUGUUAGUAAAAUUCCAGCCGUCUCAGGAAUAUUAAAAUUUCAAAAGGACAAUCAAAAACUUUAUGUAAGAUCAAAUGAAAGAUGGAAUGCGAUUGCAGAAGAGAAAAAGCUUAACUCCGCCAUUGGCAAACUUACUCAACAAGUCAAUGCUACCGUCGCUAAACUUACAUCACGUUUGGAUAAGUUGAAUCAUACAGUGGAAAUAAGAAGAGCGAGUUGCGCUAGUUUGUAUCGAGCCGGAGCAAGAAUCGACGGAGUCUACACAAUAGAUCCCGAUGGCCUGGGAUCGUUUCAAGUCAGAUGUGAUAUGAGCACAGACGGGGAUGGCUGGACCGUGUUUCAAAGAAGACAAGAUGGAAGUCAAAAUUUCUACCUUGGAUGGUCAGACUAUAAAGCAGGCUUUGGCGAUUUUAACGGCGAGUUCUGGUUGGGCCUUGAUAAGAUACAUCGUUUGUCCAAAUCUGGUCAAAAUGUUCUAAGAGUAGAUUUGAUGGAUUUCGAUGGCGCGGAAAUUUACGCUAAAUAUGGAACGUUUAGUGUGGCUGAUGAAUCAGACAAAUACAGAUUGAAUAUUGGCAGUUUUUCAGGUACCGCAGGUGAUUCUCUUGCUUAUCACAAUCGAAUGAAGUUCACUACCAAAGAUAGUGACAAUGAUGCUUCGAAUGGUGUUAAUUGCGCUACGCUCAGGAAAGGAGCUUGGUGGUACAAAGCCUGUCACUUUUCAAACCUCAAUGGCCUGUACCUGGGUGAAGGUCAGAGUAAUUCCAAAGGAAUAAGCUGGUUCCAUUGGAAAAGGUCAUGGCAGUCAUUUAAAAAGGCGGAGAUGAAAAUUCGUCCAAGCCAGUUUUAAGAUAAAACACCUUUAUCACCAAGAACGCUGUAUUUUAAAUCAUUAUUUAAAUAAUUUUAAAGGCAGGUUAGGCCUGGUUUCCACCUCAACCGUAUCGUAGCGAAACGUAGCGUAUCUCAUUGUUUAAGUCAUUACGUUAUGCUACGUUACGCUACGAUACGGUUGAAGUGGAAAACAGGCUUUACAGUGGCUUCUGCACCUUGGUUCUGCUCAUGACAAUGAGUAGUGUACAAUCUACUUGUUUCAAAAUUGAUCAAAUUUCUGAUGUUUUGUAAUAAACUCUCUCUCAUAUUCAGGUAAAAGUAUAGCGAACUAAAAGCGUGUCAAAUAUUCUGAAAGUUCUUGAUAUUUUAGGAAAUAUAUGCGGAGCGUUUGUUAACACUACGGCCGGACGUGCGGACGCCUUUAGUGAUGGUAAUUAUAAUAAAUGAAUAAA